AGCAUCUCCCUGAUAUUAUCACAUCUCACAAACCUCAAACCAAAGCAAAAUAAAUAUUCACCAAAACCAAGAAGAAAAGAAGAAGCCACCGAGCUAGCUAGAGAUCAAGAAUUGGUAUGUAUUCAUCAAUGGCUUCUUUUAAUUCCAAGAUAAUCUUCAUCCUCUUCAUCCUCACUUCCAUUUUCACACCUCAAGCUUUCUCACAAGGUGACUCAUCGUGUGAAUCACAAACACACAACACAUGCAACAACAAAUCUAAAGCAUUAACCUUAAAAAUCAUAGCCAUAGUUUCCAUUUUAAUCACUAGCAUGAUUGGAGUAUGCUUACCUCUUGUCACACGUUCAGUUUCGGCGUUGAGCCCUGACCGGGACCUUUUCGUUAUAGUUAAGGCAUUUGCUGCCGGAAUUAUUCUAGGUACUGGUUUCAUGCACGUGUUGCCUGAUUCUUUUGACAUGUUGUCGUCUAAUUGUCUGAAUGAAAAUCCUUGGCACAAGUUCCCCUUCACUGGAUUUGUUGCUAUGUUAUCUGCUAUAAUUACGUUGGCUAUUGACUCUAUGGCUACUAGCUUGUACAGCAAGAAGCAUAAUGCUGGUGUAAUUAAUCCAGAAAGUAAUCAACAAGUUCAAAAUGGACAUAUUAUUGAUGGUGGUGAUCAAGAAAUGGGCACGGGGAAUUAUAAUGUCCAUUUCCAUUCUCAUCACCAUGGUUCCCUCUCUAAAGAUGGAACGAAACUGCUUCGUUAUCGCGUUAUUGCCAUGGUAUUAGAGCUUGGUAUCAUUGUUCACUCAAUAGUAAUAGGGAUUUCACUUGGAGCUUCAAAUAAUACAUGCACAAUCAAAGGAUUAGUAGCUGCACUUUGCUUUCAUCAAAUGUUUGAAGGAAUGGGACUUGGUGGUUGUAUUCUUCAGGCAGAAUACAAAAUGUUGAAAAAGGCAGCAAUGGCAUUUUUCUUCUCCGUAACAACUCCAUUUGGCAUAGCACUUGGCAUAGCAUUGUCAAAAACUUAUCAAGAAAAUAGCCCUCGUGCAUUAAUAACUGUGGGCUUGUUGAAUGCCUCAUCUGCUGGCCUUUUGAUUUACAUGGCUUUGGUUGAUCUUCUUGCUGCUGAUUUCAUGGGUGACAAAUUACAAGGUAGCAUUAAGCUACAAAUCAAGGCUUUCAUUGCUGUCCUUUUGGGUGCUGGUGGCAUGUCUCUUAUGGCUAAAUGGGCUUGACAUUUUAUCCUAUAGUUUUUGGAUGGAAGUAAUUAGCUAACGAUAGUAGUUUUAUAAAAUUUAAUCCUUGGUCAAUAUUGUUAGCUAAACUAAAAUUUAACUGUUGCGUCGCUCAAUUUCUCUCUUCUAUAACUAUAAAUGGAAGUCGUUCCUAACUUGUCACACAUCAAAAGGUUCAAAGAAAGCAGCAAUAGUUUUGAAGAACACAAAAGCGUCGAUGUAUUAGUUUUCUAUAACUUUAUUCAAGCCUCUGUUCAAAUUCUAACUCAA